UGUCGGCCCCGGGUUUCUGGGAAUCGGUUUUGCUGCUGUGUCAUUUUGUACCAGCUCCUCCUUUCCCUACUGCUCGCCGCCCCGUUCUUCCUAUGCCCCUUUGUAUGGUGUCUUCUUCGUGUAUGUCCGUUUUCCUCGCGAAGCCCACCAGUCAAAUGUCACAAUGUUCCCGAGGUGCACGGGGGAAGGGAGCGGGCCAAGACUUAGCUUGGCCAACCAACGGUAAACACCAAGCAGAGUGGGGGUGAACAGGGCUGGCCGUGGGGAAAUAAAGUUUAAAGAUAAAGAAAUUGGGAAGACUUGAUACUCUCAGAGUCUAGCAGGCUGCAUAUAGAAACGGCGACUGGGCUGGGUGAUAGUACUUGUUUAAGCCUGAAGCUACCGACUUUUAUAUGGAGUUGUCAUUCAAGCAAGUGCCUGAUCAACUUUCUAGCAGGAGAACGAUCAUGGAGGUGGUGCCAGCUGAGGUGAAUAGUUUGCUUCCAGAGGAGAUAAUGGACACUGGUAUAACUUUAGUGGAUGAUGAUAGUAUUGAGGCUGUUAUUGUUUCAUCCCCAAUUCCCAUGGAGACAGAACUGGAAGAAAUUGUCAACAUAAAUUCUACUGGUGACUCUACAGCCACGCCCAUUUCCACGGAACCAAUAACAGUGUACAGUAACCACACUAACCAAGUUGCAGUGAAUACCACAAUUACUAAAGCAGAUUGUAAUACCACGGUGAAACCAGCUUUUCCAAGUGGCCUUCAAAAACUUGGUGCUCAGACUCCUGUGACUAUAUCAGCCAAUCAGAUUAUUUUAAACAAAGUAUCACAGACACCUGAUCUUAAACUUGGCAAUCAGACCCUUAAACCAGAUGGACAGAAGUUAAUUUUAACAACUUUGGGCAAGUCUGGUUCACCAAUUGUUUUAGCACUACCCCAUAGCCAACCCCAGGCUCAGAAAGUUACAACUCAGGCCCAGUCAGGAGAUGCUAAGUUACCACUGCAGCAAAUUAAAGUAGUUACCAUUGGAGGGAGGCCAGAGGUGAAACCUGUCAUUGGUGUCUCAGCAUUGACCCCAGGAAGUCAACUGAUUAAUACUACAACUCAGCCCUCUGUGUUACAGACCCAACAGUUAAAAACAGUACAGAUUGCGAAGAAACCUCGAACUCCAACCUCUGGUCCAGUAAUCACGAAGCUGAUUUUUGCAAAACCAAUUAAUAGUAAAGCAGUUACAGGACAGACAACUCAAGUACCAGCCAUUGCAGGUAGGGUUCUUUCACAGUCUACUCCCGGGACUCCAUCAAAGACCAUAACAAUAUCUGAAAGUGGUGUUAUUGGAUCAACUUUAAAUUCUACAACACAGACACCAAAUAAAAUAGCCAUCUCACCUUUGAAAUCGCCAAAUAAGGCAGUGAAAUCAGCUGUGCAGACCAUCACUGUUGGAGGAGUGAGCACAUCACAAUUUAAGACAAUUAUUCCUCUGGCAACUGCUCCCAAUGUCCAGCAGAUUCAAGUGCCUGGAAGCAAGUUUCAUUAUGUCCGACUUGUUACUGCCACAACAGCCAGUAGCUCAACCCAGCCAGUUAGUCAGAAUCCCAGUACAAACACUCAGCCUCUUCAGCAAGCAAAGCCAGUGGUCGUUAAUACCACCCCAGUGCGGAUGUCAGUGCCACUUGUCUCAGCGCAGACUGUCAAACAAGUUGUUCCAAAACCAAUCAAUCCAACUUCCCAAAUAGUCACCACCAGCCAGCCACAGCAGCGACUUAUCAUGCCUGCCACGCCACUGCCACAAAUCCAGCCAAACCUCACGAACCUGCCACCAGGCACUGUGCUGGCACCGGCUCCAGGAACAGGGAAUGUAGGCUAUGCGGUGCUUCCUGCUCAGUAUGUGACUCAGCUACAGCAGUCUUCCUAUGUGUCUAUAGCAAGCAACUCUAACUUUACCGGAACACCUGGUAUCCAGACCCAAGCAAGGCUUCCGUUCAAUGGCAUAAUGCCAUCAGAGUCUGCCAGUCGGCCCAGAAAGCCUUGUAAUUGUACAAAAUCGCUGUGUUUGAAAUUAUACUGUGAUUGCUUUGCAAAUGGUGAAUUUUGCAACAACUGCAAUUGUACUAAUUGUUAUAAUAACUUGGAACAUGAAAAUGAAAGGCAAAAAGCAAUAAAGGCAUGCCUUGACAGAAAUCCAGAAGCUUUUAAGCCCAAGAUAGGGAAAGGAAAGGAGGGAGAAUCAGAUCGACGUCACAGCAAAGGAUGUAAUUGCAAACGAUCAGGAUGUCUUAAAAACUACUGUGAAUGCUAUGAGCUUGGGGUCUCAUUAGCAGAGUUACCAGCUCAUAACUUCGUGGUCAUUGUACCUGAAAGUAUGCAAACCACAGCACCAGUUUGUUGAUUUUCAAUAACAAUAACAUCAAAGUGGACUGGACACUCUGUAGUAGUGGUUCUCCACUGAGGGGUAUUACUACCCAGUUUCUCCCCUACAGACUUUUCGGAAAUAUAUACGGAUAAUAGCCUGCAUUUCAGGGUGCAGUCCUGAGAGUAUAGUCUUAUCUUGUUCCAAAUGCUAGUAGUGCCCUGUUGAAGAACACUGCUCUGUGGAAAAUUAAAUUAUGUUAGAAGGUUUGCCUUGUGAGCAUAAAAAUAGGUAAGGAGGAAUAUGUAAUUGCUGGAUGAGGUUAUUGGCUACUGUGAGGUGACUGCAUCCAUUUUACCAUCUAAUCAUCCCACUCAACUGGCUGUUUUUAUUUAUGGGUCAGGCAGCAUCUUUUCUGGAAAAUGUAUAUUGAAACUCUGCUUUGAUAGAUGCCGUGUAAAUGAUCCACUUGUUUCAGACAAAGUACUAUAUAGUUUGUUAUUUUUAUUUUCAAAGCUUAAAGAAAGCAAUCUAGUCAUACCCAAGAUUAAUCCAAGGUUACUACAAUUGGUUUCUUGGUGCGUCCGAAACUCAUUCCUACGGCAGUUGGCUCUUCUCAUCUGUUAUAUUUUCAUUCGUUCAGAUUUCAUAUGCAGAGGGAAACCUUAUUUUAGUUUUGGCCAAAGGCCUGGCCUGGUAAAGUAAUACCAGCAAGUACUGCACUCUCCCUUGGCCAGGUGUGCUCUGCUCUAGGAGCGCGUACCUGCAGCCCAGUGCCCCACCCCCAUACCAGGUGUGUCGUAGUAAAGAUUUUGUGUACUGUAUUCUCUCUGUAGUGAAUUCUUAAUUUACAUAUUUCAGAGGUCAAAUACUCCUCUCAAAAACUACAGUAAAGCAACAUUUUGUUAGUCCUAAAGUCAGUAGGAGUGAAAAUUGCACAUAAUCAAGAUUAUUUUUGAAAGUCUCUUAAACAGUGUCGCAGAGUCCAACAAGCCAGUUUUUCAUUCACAUUGGGAAAGACUGACUCUUGUUUGCACACCUGAUGAGAUAGGUGGCUUCUGUUCACAGACCGUAUCAUACAAAAAUUGUCAUGAAUAUGUAAGCAUGUAAGCUAUAAAACCAAUUCCACACACAAAAAAGAGAAAAUGGAAACUGUUAUAAAGCUGGGUCAGAAGGGCAAAGAAAGCCUUUCUUGCAUAUGGCAUUGAACAAUCAAUACAUGCUAAGCAUAUGAAAUUCAGACAUACAUGAACUAAAUAAUUGAACUGGUUGACAAUUCUGUGAACUAAUAGAAGUAGAAAAGGCAGUGGACUGGUUGAAAUAUGUUAGAAGAGAGAAAGCUGCUCUAUCUAUUUUGAUAAAAUCCUUGACAUUCAGGACAUAAACAAUGUCUAAUAACUAAUAUGUUGUUCUAAAAGACCAAGCAAUGGAAAAACUUGGAAUACAGUGAACUCUGACUAGCAGUGGCCAGUUGGCUCACUGUGAAUUACUUAUGAUGUUGUCUGACAGUUUGUGUUGUUCAUCUUUUGAACUGACUUGGCUUUUUUGGUCCAGUUGGUCUGCAUCUGGAUAAGACAUUGAUGUCCCUUUCACACGCUUUUCAGGGCUUGUUGAUUGAAUGAGUGACUGUCCACAUUAUUUAAGUGAUUGUGACUUUUCCUGUGACCUUUUCCCCCCUCCCUCUUUUUUUUUUUUUUUUUUUGGCCACAAGAGAAGUUGAAUUAGCAAUGCUAAAUGGAUGACUUGUAUUUGUAAUUUCUCCCUCCUGAGUUCCUAUUAGACAUUAUUAGUACCUUUCUUAUAAUUCUUAAAACUUAAUCCAAAUUACCAUUAUCAGUAUGUCUUCUUCCCCCGGAGGUUAGGAAUUUUAUCUCUUCACCAUUAGAUACUUAUUAUGUAUUGCUUCAGUUGGAUCCCAGACUGGCUCCUGGUAAAUAAGCCGGUUAACUCAAAAGGUAUAUCCAUUUUUUUUUUCCUUUGGUAAAUGGAAUUUAUUAGUGUAUUGUAAAAAAGGAGCAGGGUAGGUGUGUUCAUAAUAUGAUCCAUUUAUCUUACUGUAGAGAGGAAGGACAGUAGGCUUGUUUAUUUAUUUAAAUUGAUGUGGGUUUGCUCAAGAAAAAGUAGCCAACAAAAGAUACUAAAAUUUACUAGGAGUCUGGGAAAUGUAAAUUAAAGAACGAGAUCUCACUUUAUUAAAAAGAGCUAUAGUAUACAUUGUUGGAGGGAAUGUAGGAAAGGCUUCCUUUAUCCAUUGCUAAUGAGAUGUGAGGUGUUAUAGCCUUUUGAAAAAACAAUCUGGCCACAUCUAUUAAAAUUAAAAUACAUGUACCCUUUGAGCAGUGAGCCCAAUUCUAGAAACCUAGCUCAUAGAAAUAAAAGCGUAAUAUAUACAAAAAAAUGUUUUUAUGCAUUGUUUGUGGAACUCAAGAACUGGAAACAAAACAAAUGACCAUCAGUAGAGAAGUGAAUGCCCAAAUAAAAUGUGGCACAUCCAUACCAGGGAUUAAUAGCCAGUCAUUAAACAGGAUGAAUUCAGCCUAUGCCAGAUGACUUGGAGGGAGGGAUUUCAUGAAGUAUAGUGUGAGAAAAGGAAGAUGCAGAAAAGUGGGUAUAUGAUUAUGUAAAACAAACAAAAAAAAAGAAAGACUUCUGUAUUGGUGAGUUAAUAUAUGUACAUAAAGCCUGUGUUUUUCAUAAAUAUACAUAUAGUUUAUAUAUCUUUACAUGAAAGGACACACUGGUUUAAUACGGACUGUUGAAGGGUUUGGGGACUCUGGACAGGGGAUUUAUUUAGGGAGGGGGAGGUAUUCAUAAUAAAAAUAGUGUCUGUGAAAUUCCUUUGAUAUGAUACUGUGUGUGUGUUUGCAUAAGUGGGAGGUCACCAACAUGUUAAUGGUGAUUUGAUUGAGGUGGCUGGAUUCUGAAUGACCCUUAUUUUUGAAUAUUGUAUCACUCAUUUUUUAAUAAAAGAACAUUUGUUAUUCAUAUCAGGAGGAAAAUCUAUAGUGGGGGAAAAUUGGCGUGGAAGGCCUCAAACAAACAUAGUAUAGCCACUUUCAGAGUGGCCAAGAAUACUGGACUUAUGCACAUGCAUAGCUGGCCCCUUUGGUGUUUGUCACAAGAGAUGUUUCCAUUUUAUCUAUGUCAGUUGACCAGCUAACUCUGUCACCUAUUGACUUGAUUGUGGAGUCUACUAUAGUGAUGUCUUUUGGUUUUGAUUUGGAAGCUUUUCUUUUGUAAAUC